CUUGCAGACUGCACCACGUGGCAAUGGAAUUGCAGAAUUUUGUGGUGGGAAAUUUCACAACCGAGCAAGAAACCGCGAAGUUUGCGAAAAUAUUUUACCACCAAAAUAAACCGGAUGACAGAACUCCUUUGUUUAAUGCUGUUAAGAGUGGUAGUAUUGAAGCUGUUAAUAUUCUAUUUGCUAAUGGAGCUAGAACUGAUGUAGUGUCUAAAGAUGGUAAAACUCUAUUACAUUGUGCUGGUGAAUCUGGUAAUGUUGAAAUGAUUGAGUUUUGGAUUAAGAGAGGAGAUUAUGAUGUGAAUGUUCAAGAUAAUGACAAUAUAACUCCAUUGUUUCAUGCUGUUGAGAGUGGUAGUAUUGAAGCUGUUAAUAUUCUAUUAAAUAAUGGAGCUAGAACUGAUGUUGUGUCUGAAGCUAAUUUAUUGGAUGAUAGCAGAACACCAUUACACUGUGCUAGUGAAAGUGGUAAUGCUAAAAUUAUUGAAUUGUUAAUAACUAAAGGAAAUGCUGAUGUGAAUGUUGUAGAUGAGAAUGACAGAACUCCAUUGUUUAAUGCUGUUAAGAAAGGUAGCAUUGAAGCUGACGAUGGCAGCACUCCAUUACACUGUGCUUGUAAAAGUGGCAAUUCUAAAGUUAUUGAAUUAUUGAUAACAAAAGGAAAUGCUGAUGUGAAUGCUGUGGAUGAGCAUGGCAGAGCCCCAUUGUUUAAAGCUGUUAAAAGUGGUAGUGUUGAAGCUGUUGAUAUUCUAUUGACUAAUGGAGCUAGAACUGAUGUUAUGGGUCAUGGCAGCACUCCAUUACACUGUGCUAGUGAAAUUGGUAAUGCUAAACUUAUCAAAUUAUUAGUAAGUAAAGGAAAGGCUGAUGUGAAUGCUGUGGAUAAGUCGUUGAAGAGAACUCCAUUGUUUAAUGCUGUUAAGAGUGGUAGUAUUGAAGCUGUUGAUAUUCUAUUAAGUAAUGGAGCUAGGACUGAUGUUGUGGAUGAAAAUGGUGAAACUCUACUACAUUGUGCUAGUGAAUCUGGUAAAGUUGAAAUGCUUGAGUUUUGGAUUAAAAGAGAAGAUUUUGAUGUGAAUGCUUUAGAUGAAAGGAAUAGAACUCCAUUGUUUAAUGCUGUUGAGAAGCAUUACAAGCGUAGUAUUAGUAUUGAAGCUGUUGAUAUUCUAUUAACUAAUGGAGCUAGAACUGAUGUUGUGGAUAAAUAUGAUGAUAGCACUCCAUUACAUUGUGCUAGUGAAACUGGUAACAGUAAAAUUAUCAAUCUAUUGAUAACUAAAGGAAAAGCUGAUGUGAAUGCUGUAGAUGAGUACAACAAAACUCCAUUGUUUAAUGCUGUUGAGAGUGGUAGCAUUGAAGCUGUUGAUAUUCUAUUAACUAAUGGAGCUAGAACUGAUAUUGUGGACAAAAGUCACUCACCAUUGAAUAAUUUAGAAACUUUAAUGAAGGAAUUUGAAGGAAAAGUUACUCGAGAGCAAGCUGCUGCAAUUUAUAAAUCUUCUGGGUUUAGCUUUGAUGCUUCAAUGAAGUGUUUAAAGGAGGGUCCAACAUUGGAAUCAAUUUUAUUAAUGUUAAAUCAAAAGAUGGGGUCUGUGGAAUCAGUUGCUAUUACAGUACACACAAACGACAUGUGGCAUGAUGUUUUACACCAUUAUAAGUCUGGUACUGUUAAUUUUGGAAAGCGGCUAUUCGUUAAGUUAAGUGAUGCACCUGCCAUUGAUGCAGGAGGUGUACGUCGUCAAGUAUAUUCAACAGUAUACAAUGAAUUCCAGUGUAAUAAGCAUAUAAAAUUAUUCACUGGACCUUUACACAGUCUUAGUCCUGCUUGUACUGCAGAAGCAAGGUCAAGUGGACUAUUCAAAAUCUUAGGUAGUAUGGUUGGGCAUAGUAUAUGGCAGGAUGGCAUUGGGUUCCCAUUUUUUUCAUUGACAAAUUACACUUAUAUGAUGGAAGGUGAGGAGAAAGCACUUCAAGUAUGUUCAGAUAAUGAUAUUGGUGCUGGUGUUGCUGAGGUUAUAUCAAAGGUAUAUGACUAA